AUGGUCGAUAUGAUAACAUCGAUGAGAGGCAAAGCGGUAACAAAAGCCUUGGAUAAGGCGAGAGGAGAAACUGUUAUCGUCAAGGGAAUUCUUCUGGAAAAUCCAAGUCAUCGGCAAGAUGCACAAGAUGAAGCCGCCACUCUUCGAGAAUUAGAUCAUGCGAAUAUUGUUCGAUUUGUCGACUUCCUCGAUUAUCAAACGCCAAGAUGGGCCGGUGGAUCGAUGAGUUUUAUCAUCAUGGAAUACUGUCGUGGAGGAGACCUGGCUGGCUGGAUUGCCAAGAUGAAGGCAUCUGGAAGACAAACAACGAAGGAAGAAGCAGCACUUAUUGGUGCACAGAUGAUAUCUGCACUGAGCUACUGCCAUGAGAGGAACAAGGUUCACCUCGAUUUGAAACCGGCAAACAUUUUCAUUCUUGACGACUUUAUAACAAUAAAAAUCGGCGAUUUUGGAAGCGCCCAGUCAGUCCGAUCCGUGAUGGACUCGAUCAACGCAAGCAGAGGUUAUCCGAUGGUAUGCACGAAACUUUAUGCUUCCCCAGAAUGGUAUGAAGAAAAUGCAAAAAAGUCUCCAAGAAUCGAUGUUUGGGGAUUCGGCUUGAUUUUACAGGAAAUUCUGACAUUAGAGCAUGCUUUUGGUCGAGUUGAUGGUCGAACUUGCGGAUCACGUAAAAUUGAGAAAAAUUUGCUAAUGGGAAAACGGACAUCUCUCUUCGAAAUCUUUGGCGAAAAUGACGAAUUCGAAGAAUUCGAAGCCCUUCUUGAAAAGUGCACUCGACUUGAUCGCAAAAGACGACCGAGAAAUGCGAUUGAGCUUCGAAAUGAAAAUCUCUUCCUUGAUUUCUUGCAGCGAAUCGAAAAUGGCGAGCGACCUUGCGACAUUGUUCCUCCUCCCUUCAUUAACGAAAGAAACCAAAUAAAGCGACUUCAAGAAACGAAGAAGAAGGCUGACACGCUUUACUCUGAUCUCGAGGAAUGCAAAGGUGAUCAUAAAUUGAUCUUCAAACUCGGCAAAGACAACGUCCAUCUUUUCGAGACCGUUGAUCAACAAAUUAUCAUCAUGGAUGUUCUUUUGGAGAAGGUUAUUGAAAAGUCUGUUGCUGAUCGGGAGGCCUUAUCGAAACUUCUGAUGGUUAUUGCCGAUGAAGCUAAUUUUAUGGACUGGGAAGCUUGUAUUGUUCCAUUCGUCAAGAAAGCAGUUGAACAAGAUCGGAUCACUCGUUGCCCCAAGUUCUGGAAAUAUCUUUCACAAUGUAUCUGCAAGAUCUACAAAUCCUCUGCAGUUGACCCUAAAUCCAUCAAGGGAAUCACUGAACCAGCAAAAGAUCUCUGUUCUUGGACAAACGCCAUCUGUGCUAUGAUCGAAGAGAUCGACUACAUUUUCUGGGAUAAGAAGAGGAUGCACGAUUUGUACUCCAUCGCAGAAAUUGAUCUUGCCGCGAUCAUCGCCGAAGAUGGACUCUCACAGACUCCCGAAGAGUGCUUUGCCGAACUGGAAUUAGAUUUUUUGCUCAAGCCUCUAGUUUUAUGGGGCAAGGUCGAAAGCCAGCUUAUUGACAGCUUGAGAAAUCACGCUUUUGGCGAAUCAGAGAUGGAAGACUUCUCGAAGGAGUUUGAUAUGUUGGAGGAGAUGGUUCCCGAAGGACCUGAUGGACGUGGCCACCGAAACUUUAUCAAGGUUCUUGUCAAUGCAGUCAUGACCUUUUCCGUCGACUCUGAUUCUAAUCAAUUGAUCCUUCGAAGCCGGGUAGACUCCAAAUUCUCUGACUGUGGGUUGCUGUUGCGAAAGUACAUCAAUAACGAGGACAAUGGACUAGAAGUGUUGUUCGUAAUGUCGGACAUCUUCAGAAAGAAACACGAGAAUAAUCCCAACUACAAAGUGGACAUUUCCGAAAUCCAUGCUCCUCAUCCGACGCCAUCUCCUAGGCUACAGGCAAAAGCACAAGCUACUGUUGCGGAAUCGACGAAAAGUGAUUUCUCGGAGAUAACCGAGCUAGCAGAGAUGAACAAUUUGAAAUCAGAUGCUAACUCGAUUCCAAGGACGGAUAUUGAAUUGAAGCCGGAUAAAAGUGUGGCUGAAGAAGAGAUCUACGAUGAGCCGAGGAAGUUGAGAUGCGAUGUGAAUUACUCUGUCUGCAGAGAGAUCCUAAAUACCGAAAGAACUCACCUCAAGGACCUGCAAGUUGUUGUUCUCCAUUUCCGAAACGCAAUAAGAGAUGAAGCAGGAAUCCCCGAGCAAAUCAUGUCGCUCCUUUAUUCAAGCCUCGACCCGAUUUUCGAGUUUCACAAAAACUUCGUCGCGGACCUUGAGCAACGAGCUGCAGAAUGGGAAAAUUCUAUCUCCGGCCAACAAACAAUCUCUGAAUUCUUCAAAGUGAAAAUGCGCGAAUUCGCGUCACAUAGUGGAAAACUUGAAAGGAUCGAAAGCGUGUUGCAUGAGGUGGAAAGCUCGCUGCAGAAUUAUCCGAGGUUCUUGCAAGUUUGGAGAGCCUUUGAAGGAAGGAAGCUGUGCUAUUUGCCGAUUUCGAUGUUUUUGUUGAAGCCGAUUUGCAGAUUGUUCCAGUAUUUUAAUGUCAUCUCGAGAAUGGAGAAGCAUGAGGGCAUGGCAGCGCAGAAGGAGCUUCAGCCAGCUGUGAACAGGUUAAAGCCCGUCCUAAACCGAUGCCUACAAUUCCAAAUUACCUCCCAGUUGCAACGAGAGCUCGUCGGAGCGGACCAUCUCCUAAAACCCGGUCGUGAAUUCGUUCGAGAAGGUUAUCUGAGAAAGUGGGCUGGGCCAAAAGGAGGCUUCAAUGCUAGGAUGUUCUUUUUGUUCAACGAUUGCGUCUUAUGGACGACGUCGAAGAUCGACCCUCCAUCAAUCGGAAUGACGUCUUCGAAGCCUUGGAAGCUCUCAGUCGAACUACCACUCAACAACGUCUCGAUAGAGCUUUCUGAUAUGGACCGAUCUGCUCCAAACUCGUUCGCCAUCAAUCUACCUGAUGUCAACACCGAUCGACAAAACCUUAACUCUGGAAAAGUCACGUCAAUGAUUCUCUCUGCAUCUGAUGGUAGCCAACGAGAGAAGUGGAUUAGGGAUAUUGAGUUGUAUUCGAACAAGAUGAAGCAUUCAACGGACCUCUUUUCUUCGGUGGCGAAUGGAGAGACGACCUCGAAUUUCCAUGUUCACAAUAUUGGAAAUAUCGAUGAGCGAUUAAUCGAUGAUAACAAGAUGAAGCAAAGCACAACGACUCAAGUUUGUUGGUUCCGCUACUGCACUCUUGGAUUCAACGACCAUCUCACAAUGUCUCAGAAUGUCAUGGCUGGUAUUCACUUCUACAAGAGGCACCAAGAAUCUGCUCCUCUGGCGAAUCUCCCGUUACUAGAAUACAAAGUUCACCCUGUCGAUCCGUCAACAAUUCCCAACUGUAAACACCAGUACAUCUUUAUGAUCAAACUCAAGAAGCACGAGUAUCAUUUCGCCGCCGAGACGGAGUACUCUUACUUGCGCUGGAUGGAAACUCUUCGCAUUGCGACUCUAUCCGACUAA